AUGGCUGAAAAAAUAGUACUAAUUAGCGGUUGUUCCUCGGGAAUAGGAUUGUCUACAGCUAUUUUGCUAGCCAGUGAUCAAUGUAAGCGUUUCAAAGUUUAUGCAACGAUGCGAAAUCUUGAGAAAAAGAAAGAGCUGGAGGAACGGGGAAAACAUAUCCUUGGAGACACACUCUUCAUUAAGGCUAUGGAUGUGUGUUCGGAUGAUUCCGUUAACGCGAUUGUCCAAGAGCUGGUAUCUGCACAUCAGCGAAUUGAUGUCGUUAGUAAGUUUUCUUUAAAUUCUUCAUGCAAUUACUACAUGUCUGUGUGAAAAUAUGUGAGUCUCAAUGGGGUCAACCGAUAGCCGUUAAACAGCCAAAUAAUUUAGCCUUUAGGCGUAAAAAGUUGACAAAUUUUAACCAGUAGCCGCAAAAAAAUUAACCGUAAAUAAAAUUUCUGGUGAGAAAAAUGGAAUUAUAUUACUGUUAGCUGUGAAAUGGCCAAAAUUAAAAAAAAAAAAUUUAAAAGCCCAGUACCCCAUGUAGACCUUAAAUAUGCAAAUAUGCGAAUAUGCGAUUGUUAUGCAAAACGGCUUCAGUUACACUUUUGACCAACAACUUUGAAGAGGGAGGGGGGAAGGGGUUAUUGCAUGAUACGGGAUUAAGUGUUUUUGCUUUUCUUGACCAGUAAAAAUAAGAAAUUAAAACCCUAUGAAAUCUGAUUUUUUCGCUUUUCGCGAUACGUGAACGUUAAAGUUGUCUAUCCGUUUUUUCACGAUGUGUUAUUUCUACUUUGAUGUGCGUGAGACCUGCGCAGGACCCCCCCUUUCAUUAUCCCCCUCUUUCCACAAAACAUUCUUUCGUUUAAUCAAAACUAUAACAAAAUUAUCGAACGUGAUUGGUUAUCACUAGCCCGAGUUGAGCACUAGCGACAAAGUCGUAGUCUUCGUCGUUUACGACGUAAAAAUCCGAAGCGUAACAGAAGCACAGCUAACUUCCCAGCGAGGGACACUCGCAGGCACAACCUUGCUGCUCUAUAGAAUGGUCUGACUGUUUCAAUUAGAUGAUUUGGUCGUAUUUAAUCGAUCCCCAUCGUUAUUAAAAAAUGUUUUGAGUGAAAAUCUUGUAGUUAUUUUCAUCUCUCUCGAAGACACCAGCGCUCUCGCGCACCUCCACAUAUACUCUAAGGAGUUUGGACUCUAGCCUCUUUUUUCGUAAAUGGAUUUUUUACACCCAUUACCGAAUGAAUUUACUUUUAUAUCCUUGCAGUAAACAAUGCAGGAGUUGGCUAUUUUGGUCCACUGGAGGUACAAAGCAUGGAUUCGGUAAGGAGCAUAUUCGAGACCAAUUUUUUUGGAGUGUUGCGUCUUACCAGAGCUGCACUUCCAUGUAUGAAGUCCAACAAGGAGGGUCACAUCAUUUGUGUAUCGAGUAUGGGAGGUAUCAAUGGAGUACCCUUCAAUGGCGUUUAUUGUGCCUCAAAGUUCGCUGUAGAAGGUCUGUGUGAAUCAUUGGCUCCAUUGCUCAAGACCUUUAAUGUGAGGUAGGCAAGUGUCAGUGCACUUAAAAAAAUAGUGUUUGGUAAACAAUUCUUCAACGAAGUGGAAGUGGUUUGUGGUAGCUAUUUUCAUUGACGCAAAUAAGUGAGGUAAACAUAGUUGCUUUAGUAUAGACUACAACAGUAAGAUAAUAUAAAAAGAUUUAGGUUGUGUCACAACAAAAUUUACCUGAUCCCCUCAUAGGGCUUUGUGAUAUUCUUAUGAUUUCCCCCCCCCCCUCUCAUCAGCAGUUAACUUGCAGUCAGUUUUCUACAGAUCCACCUUCAUACUCUGUUAGCGACAACUGACUCCCUCCCUCUCUGUUCCCCUUGUGAUCCCAAAAAUCAUCCACCCUCCAGUCAUCUUUCUGAAUUCAAGUAAACAAUGAUCAAGAAUUCCUUGAAAAGUGCUCUAGCCAAGGAGAACUUACUUAUGGGGGAACAGGGGGGUCACAGCCUCCCACCUCCCACACCACAUUCUCCUGCCUCCCAUACUUUUAUGGCCCCCUCCCUCCCGACUCCUGCCCUUCAUGCUAAAAUGGAUCAGAAACCUAGAAUUUUGGCAAGCACUGCCUUGGCUGGGUGCUCGUGACUGAAGGGCACUGAACAUGUAAUAUGGCCCAAUGGUUUUGAAAGCUGGCAAAUAAGUUGCUCUUCUGUCAAUAUAAACUUUAAAAGUUUAUGAUCCUUACUUAAAGUUACAGGCUGAUUUUUUUCCCCUUUAUGAAAAAACAAGAAUUUGUAACUUGAAGUAUGGAUCUUGAAUCUCUUUUUUACACAAUUGAAAUUUAUAGGCACCAGUGAAUUUUUUCAAAGACAGCAAAAUUGCAAAAGCCUGUAGAGCAAGUGCAAUAUGUAGUCUUUGAAAUAUUUACAAGUGCUCAUCGCACUAAUUUGCAAGAGAGAUCAUUUUAUUACUUGAUGAUAAUCUACAUGAAAAACAUCACAGAAAGUCAAGACAAACAAAAUAUUGAAAGCGUGCAUACAUUAUUUGUAAUUUGCACUUGUGUAACAUAAGAAUGCACUUGUUUUCAGCCAAUCAGAAGGACGUACUUUUUCAUAAUCAUUAUUAGAAUACAUUAUUCAGACUUUAAAUUACCCAAGAGAGAUGAGAACAUUUGAGAUAGAGAUCAAGAGAUUUUGGUAAAAAACAUCCCUACCCCAGACUUACCGUAACUAUUCAGCACUCAAAGUAAUCAAGUUAAUUUUUGUAAUGUUUGCUCUUUAUACCGACAGAUGUUCUGUGAUUGAACCAGGGCCAGUAUCGACAUCUUUUGUAGCCAAUGCUCAAAUGACUGAAAGUGACACUCACCCUGAGGAAGUAGAUGAUGAAACAAAACAACUUCUCAAUAACUGCAUUAAAAAGAUGCGAGGUGCUUUCUCUACCAUGGUUCAAACUCCGGAUGAGAUUGCCCAAGUGAUCCUGGCAGCACUCGAUGCUGAAAGGCCACAUUUUAGGUAUCAAACUAACAAGAAUUAUGCAUCUUCUGCAGCAAACAAGUUGGUGGAUAUCACAGGUGACAAAUCAAUGGAAAUGAUGCACCAGCGUUUCUUCAGUUAGAGUUCAUGGAGAUGUUUUGCCAGAGUUUAAAGGGUAAACCUUUUGCAAAAAGCUAUUGGCAUUAACAUAUAAAUUUGACACUUCAUUGCACAUGCGAUUCAGGCUUCCUUAAUUUCUUAAUAAUUUUAAGUAGCUCUGAAUAAUGUGUGAAGUAUACAGUUAAACAAACCAGUUCUCAAACAAGAAAUGAGGUCUGAAUGAACAGAAGGGAAGAACUAAAAAAACUUAUCCACAAGUAACAUGAACAGGAAAAAAGUUUUAUUAAUUCAAAGUAUAUAAUAAUUGAUUAUUCAUUAAAAGUGAUAAUUUGUUUUCUUAAAUUCCUCCAUUUCACAAGAAAGUUCAAGGUUGCUCAGUUUUCUUGACACAACAUCUAUACCUAUAUAUUAUAAAGAUCAUUAAAUUUGGAAUGUGGACACUAAAGAAAUCCUUCUAACCACAGACAAUGAACAGAAACUACUAUCAAGACUAGUCGUAUUUUCAAUGGACUGUAAUAAGAUUAAUGAGUCAGAUAUAAAACAAGCAUGCCCCCAUUAACCCUUUCUGCACUAGUAUCAGUAUGCAUAUUCUCCAUCUAUAUUCUAUACAUUUCCUGUGGUACUGAUAGUGAAAUUUUGAUCAACAAUCAAAAUAUUUUUUAGUCAGUUAUCAUUUCCGAAAUUCUCAUGAUCUUAAUGUUGGAUUCUAGAAUAAUAAUGUAAGGAGAAAUUAGACGCUGGUCUCUCUAUGGGGUUAAAGGAUUAGGCAUCACACACCAUGCAUGAAUAUACAAUUACAGUAAAAUGACAUUGUUGUUUUUCCACACCUCAUUAUUCAUUAGUUGAUCAGUUCCUCAUUAGUUGUCCAAGCUACUUUUGCAUUCUGUUCUAAUAAACAACAGUGAAUUGUUGUUUAUUUAAGUAAACACAUGCCCUGUACCCUCUUUAUAUUGCAAAAUUAUUGUGAAAAAAAGUAAUUACAAAAGGAGAGACCAUAGCUCAGCUUCUCUGCAAAGAUUAGUAAUAUACCAAAAGUAACAAGUUACUGGAAGAGUAAAUUUCCAACAAGUGGUUUUAAAGAUUUCAUCAUUUUCCUCAGCUUUCAAUUCUUCACAUUCUUUCUAGCCCAAGCUUCUGGUCCAUGGACAUCCUUUAUCAGCAUUAUUUUGUCAACAACUUCCCCACCC